AGCUUAAGCCUCGUUGACGUGAACGACAGUCAGUAGUGUGCAUCUGCUUUAACAUCUACCACUGCGAACAAGGACCACCCCCUCGAUACCCAGCAGCUCACAACACCCCGCUCGACUCGACGUCUGGAUUUUUCGAUAUCGGAUCGUUCUUUGACGGUAUCUGGCCCCCGUGCGAAUACCGUUGCUCCUCCGCCCGAAACCCGAGUCGAUCCAAUUCCAGUCGAAAUGGCCGCCAUCGCCAUGGGUGCGCAGCCCUUGCGCAUGGCCUCCCUCCUUCCCCGAAUCUCAGCGCCAGCUUUCACCCAAACUUCAAGGAUAUUCUCCCUGUACACGCGCCAGGUUACCAGCUCGUUCCUUCCGGCGCUGUCCUUCGCGCUGCCGGCAUUCAAUCUCAACGUCCCCGCCUGGCUUGGCGGGAUCUGGGAGUCCAUCCUGAGGGCAGUGCCUAAGAAGAAGACGUCGCACUCGAAGAAGAGACACAGGCAGAUGGCCGGAAAGGCUCUUAAGGACGUCAAGUCUCUGUGCAAGUGUCCAGGCUGCGGCCAGAUCAAGAGGCAGCAUAUCGUGUGCCCGCACUGCUUGAGCAAAAUCAAGGAUCUUUGGAGAGAGGAGAACCCCUCGGGAAAGUUCAUUUAAAUCGCCCAACGGCCGUGUAACAUUUCGAGACGUGUAUAUUCAAGUGUACAACUGGUUAGCAUAUUGUGGCGUUUGGGACAUAUCCAUCACCUCUUCGGACGUGCCUUGAUCUUUACUCUUUCUGACUUAUCGAAGAUACUUCGAUAUACUUUUCAUGGUUUGUUGUAUUACCUCAUGGUCGCUGAUUGUUUCUGGAAAUCCGCCGUUCUCCCAGGAAUCAAUGUCAGCACAUCGAUGAAGGAGUCAUACUGCCGUUGGUUUUAAAGAGCGCGGCCUAGUCCAACAAUCCGUCCGAAGGUUCGAUUGUGCGCACCGAUGAAUUACUCGUCAGGUCCCAUCACUUGCCGCCGGCCCAAAGGCGAGUAGGCAGGUACGGUAUUAAAGGUCUUUCGAAGCAUGGAAAAAGAACGUUCUAUUCAUCAACCUGCUUCAUAACUAUAUUUGCAUGUACAGGAAGCCCGACUUAUUUACUCCUCCAUCCCAGUGAGGUUUUCCUUUAGAUUCAAUGAAAAUCGAGACCCUUGGCUUGAAGAUGUCUGACCAUGAGGAUGUUCUCACAGUAAAGAGACACCUGGAAUGGAGUCAUUCCAGCUUCACUGGGACUGUCAUCGAACUCAUGCGAUCCCGCGGUAGUGGUCUUUGCUCCUGCGUCAGCUCCAGCAUCUAUUAUAACCCCAGCGAUAAGUCGUAUAUUCCCAAUAAUGCACUGGUCCGAAAUCGCACUGGAAGCAAAAGAAAAAGUGUCCCAAGACUCCUCCUCUUUCUCUUUCUUCUCCUCCUCUCCUUCUGGGGCGAGUGACCUGGACCUGGCUCCUUGGGUCAACUCUCCCAGAAGCGUUUCCUCGUUUUUGUCGUUGCACCCAUCAUCUUAGUCCAUGUUCUUCUCGUCGAUGGACAGGCCUCGUAACCAGCAUAAUUGAUGCAGUGGUGUCCAUCCUCU